UAUCCCCGUUCAUCUCAUUUCUUUGUUUCUUGUUCUUGUUUCAGCUAUCCGGGUAUGCGGGUGAUGCGCGGCGUCGCCUUUUUGCUCCGGCGUUAUGAGACGUGUUGUUCGAGUACCCCUGUUUGUGUUCUCGUUGUCGUGUUAUUCCGAUGGGAGGUUCCUUAUUGUGUUUGCCCUGUGUCAUGUUAUUUGCAUGUUUAUGCGAUUUCCCGUGACGAUUGUGUGUAUGAUUUCGACGAGUCUUCUAUGUAUGUAUUUACCCAAGUAGUGUCUACUAUACUAUCUUUACAUUCGACACAAUUCAUAUAAGCAACACA